GCGACGACGUGUAUUAGUACUAGUCACCGGAUGAGCUGCAGAGGAAGACGUGUGCUUUGUAUGCUGCCAUAAUGGUCAAGGUCAAUCAUCCGUGACACCAUGAGUCUCAAACGCAUAAAAUAUCCAUCGCAUUUUCGGGUAACUUGCAGCUGAUGAUAUCAUGCAGAGGAAGCUGACACCUCUGGAGCAGUUGAAAUUACGCAUCAUGAAAUUAAACCAUCCCUCAGAAACUUCACUGCCUGAGCCACUAAGCUUGCCAGUGCAUCAACAACUGCAUGAAGAAGUGGAACAAGUAUAAGUAAUUACAGCACACCAAUUGGAUUGCUGUUUCAUCUUAAGGCACCUGAUUGUAUAAUUCAUCUGUAGUCAAAAACAUGAUUCUUUAUUGACAAAAGGUAAUUACGUUUGUAAAGUUUUCUUAGCAUAGCGUGACGAUAGGAUGCGGCUUUAGUCCGACAAAAUUUGGUUCCAAACUUAAAAGUAAACGUAAAAGCAUUCACUGCAAUUAUUCCUGGCAGCUUCCAGAAGAUCAGCGCUAUGGUAUUUCAGUUACAUGGAAAAAAUAGUUUAUUCUUGCGUUCCGGAAAUUUCGUGGAAAUGAGAAUCAGCUUCGCCAUGAAACUAUUCUUGUUUUUAACAUUCUUUGCAAUUUGCAACUCACAAGAGAACCAAUCGUCACCUGAUACGGCAGAGGUUCAAGCAAGCAGCCUGUUUAGUAGAAUUUCCCAGUGUAUUUUAUAUCGGUAUAUUCCGGAUGAAGAAGAGGAGGCUACGGGGAUGGUUUUACUAGAAAAAAACAGUACGGACAAUUCUUAUAGAAUCGAAGAAUUCGGCAUUUCCUACAGAUACGUCCCAUGUCGAGAUGAUUGGAGCGCUCUAAUGACAGUUUUUGAAAGCCACGAAAAUUUCCUUCGAGGACAAAAUGCACGUUUGAAGAAUUUGGUAAAUCAAUGCCAAAUAGAGCGGAUUCAGUACAAGAAUGAGUCGGAAGAACAGACAAAUCGACUAAACGAAGAAAAACAUUACCAUCUAUUUAAUUUAACUGAAUGCCUAAAUGAAGUAAAAAACAAACGCCUGUUGUUUGAAUCUGAAAUCGAAAAUUGUCGAAAUUCAAACAAUAAUUCAGGUGAGAAAAUCGCAGCCGUUGAAACGGAGAUUAACAAGUUGGAAUCCGACUUGGCUUUGUGUUUAAGUGAAGAUGAAAGCAAAGAAUUGCUGCUCAAGGCGGAAAUGGAAAACUGUCAAAACCAAAAUUCAAUGUUAAACGAAGCGAUUGCAAUCUGCGAUGUGGAAAAGUCAAAAUUGAGAUCGAAUUACACCGAUUGUCUAGCAGACAGAAAAAACGAGUCACUACGUUUUGUCGCGGAAAUGACAGAUUGCAAAAAUUUGAAAAGUUCUUUAAACAAGCAAGUCUUAGAUUGUGAAGCUGUAAAUGAAAAUAAGCAAAUCAGUUUGAUCGAGUGCCAAACAAAAAACUGGACGCAAUCGCUAGAAACUGAACUGGAAAAAUGCCAACAUUUGUUUUCGGUGUUAAAUGAAAAACUUUCAAGCUGCGAUACAGCAAACACGCUACUUGAAUCCAACUUGACUGGAUGUUUGAACGAAGUAAACAAGAACAUUUCAUUGUUUAACGCCGAAAUAAAAGAUUACCAUAGUUCUAAUUACUCUGGAAAUGAAAGAAUUGUCGUCUGUGAAGCAGAAAAAAGAAAAGCGAAUUUCCGUUUGACUGGAUGCUUAAGUGAAGGCGAAAGUAAAACAUCUUUAUUGGAAGCUGAGAUCGACCAACUACUGAGAAAUAACUCUGCAUUCAAUGUGAAGGAGUUGGCCUGUGAUACGGAAAAGACAAAGAUAGAAUCAAACUUUACUGAAUGUUUUAACGACUGGAAAAACAAAUUCGGACGUUUUGAAGCCGAAGUCAAUCAAUGCCAAGACUUGCGCGAUGCCCAAGACGAGAAAAGGAUAACCUGCGAAAACGGAUAUAAGAAAAUGGUUGUCAAUCUGACUGCAUGUUUAAAUAUAAUGGACGAUGAAAAUCUAAAGCGCGCAAUGGCUUACGCCAAGAAAUAUCAAGACCUAAGCCUCCUUCAUAAGAAUGAAGCUGAAACGUGUGAUGUAGAGUCGAGAAAACUGGAAGCCAACUUGACUGGAUGUCUAACUGAAGGCCAAAACGAAUUAACGCGAUUAGAGGACGAAAUAAAAAAUUAUCAGAAAUUAAAUUAUUCCCUGAGUGAGAAGAUUUCAAUGUGCAAUAUAGAAAAGUCAAAAAUCAAUUCUCAACUUGGGGGAUGUUUAACUGAGACCAAAAAUAAAACACUGCUUCUAGAGACUACACGUGACGAAACUCAAAAUACGAAUUUGACAUUGAAUGCCAAAAUUGCAACAUGCAAUAAAGACAGGACAGAGAUAAUGCUAAACUACACUAAAUGUCUGAACGAUGAAAAUGCAGCAGCAGAGAAUAAUUUGAAAAAAGUUCCAUUCAUUGAAUACAUUGCUUCCUUCUGGAAAGGAUCAUCAUUUUUCAUCAAGAACGACAAGCCUUCCUAUGAAAGCCUUGUGAAUUACGAUCGAUAUAAUGUAGCCCGUUUGGGGCUUUUCCCGCUAUCAGGCAUUAAGCCACUCAAACCCGAAUUUGGUCCAGUUCUUAACGACGUCCUUUCCUUUCGAUACCCCAUCAGAAUGCCAGCGUGUACCUCGUCGAGUCUACCAAGUUUGUUCAUUGUGGUGAUAUCCAGUCCAGACAGUUUUGCAAAACGGGAUCGAAUACGGAAAGAAUUACGAAUUGCAAUCGCUGCUAAAAUGGGUGUGAUUGGUAAAAUCAGCUUUGGAUUUUUCUUGGAACUAACAAGCAACCCUUUGACGCAAACAAAAAUCGAAGAAGAGAGUAAUGUCGAAUCUGAUAUUGUUCAGAUAAACAUAGUUAUAAAGUCGUACAGAGAUUCGACACUUAAAAUGGCUGCUGUAUUUAACUGGUUAAACAGAAAUUGUUCCCCAGUCACCUUCAUAUUCAAAGUGGAAGAAGACGUAAAAUUUGAUUUGUCAAAGUUGAUUCAAAUUGUGAAGAGCUACGCUCAAUCGCCACUGUUGUCGUUAGGAGUAUUGGCAGACAAUGAAAGCCUUACAAAUCGAGAAGGUGGUCCAAGAAAAAUAACCUACGAAGAAUUUCCUUGGAAUAACUAUCCUACAUAUUUUAAUGGGUCGGCUUACUUCUUGCACGGGACUUCGGUUCUUCCUUUAUUAGCAUGCUUUCAGACGACGCCCAUGUUUCCAUUCGAGGAUGUUUACGUGACUGGACUGUGUAGACAAAAAGCGGGCAUCAAGAGAAUAGACUGCCCUACUACUGUUGCCAACAAUUUCUGUUAUUGACUCAGUAUACAACAUAGUUUAUCAUGUAAAUCCGGUUUUAUUGCGAGGGAUUUCCUCGCAACCUUUGAAUAUUCCCGGAAUUCCAUGCACUUUAGCAACGCAUCAACAUUGGCUCCACAUUCUACAAUACAAGUCGUUUGGGACGGGGCA